AUGAGCCUGGACCCUUUGCUUCCCAUUGCGCCCGCGAGGGUGAAGGCUCUUCUUCUUCCUGUUGGAAAGGUCAAGGCAGACAGAUUUGCCUCCUUUGUCGAGAGGCUUCAGACCGAAAAUGUCGUCUACCUACGAGACAUCACCGCCGAUAGCCGGCCGAAUAGGAAUAUGUUCUCGCCCCUCGCUUACCCGGACGGCGUUAUCCUCUACGAUCUCAUCUCCCACGCACCCCCACCUUCCCACCUGGCCCUAUCACCAUUCGACCUCUAUCGCGAGCCGCUCGCCAUUAUCGCGAUUGCAGACGGCAGCGAGCUUGGCGAUGCCACAUUCAGCAAACGGCAUUCUUCUAAUGGUACAGGCCCUACGAUAAUAGAGCGAAAUAUGCGUUCGCUAUACCAAGAGCUCGAGGAUCUUCGGGAUGUUUACCCCAAGUCGCUGGUCCACCAGGUCCUGGUCUUUGACUACGUGCCUCCCGCCGGCGAGGUCCACGUCCCUGAAGACGUCACAACGAUACCUACUCUCGAGGCCUCGAAACGAACAACGAUCAAAACAGUCAUGUGUAGCAUCUCGUCGUUGCUCCUCGCAGAAAUGACUACACUAGCCAAGUCGGUCGAAGCCAUGACCUCGAUAGAUUCUCCCGGCUCAUACGCCGCCAAACAUAUGCGAUCAAAUGAUGACUGGAGCAACGGUGCUGCUCGACGCAAUUCCCAUCUGCCAUCGCACCUCAUGCGAUCAAGCUCAGGCUCGGCCGAUCGAGCGCAAACGAGAAUGUCAAUGCCCCCUGUGCCGACGCGAACCCAGUCUGUAUCAAACGGCUCGACUCCUCGUCCCGAAACACCGGUCAAUAAAGAGCGUCGAAACAGUGCUGCGCCGUCAGGCGACGGCACAGAGAGCGGCCCUACUAGCUCACCAGCCUCUCCGGAGCCUAAGAUUCCUAUCUCAAGAAGUGGUGAUGUGUCGCGCGAUGUAAGUCGAGACCGAGUUUCGGUACAAGGCUUUGGUCCCGGCGGCGCCAAUGAUCGAUGGCGGCUCAGAGGAAAAGGCCGUGCUGGCGUUGUCAUUGGGUCCAUGUACUUGCAGGCAGGCCGAUGGAGCGAUGCACUCCGAGAGCUGAGUGAAGGUGCCCAAGUUGCACGCUCCUUGAACGAUCACAUCUGGCAUGGAAAGGCUCUGGAACUGAUCCUCAUGAACCUAUUUCUGCUUGGCUGGUUGAAUCUAGAAUUCCAGAUACCCAUCGUUUGCUUGCCAACGCAUGACCGGCCGACCUCCCAAAAAGGCGAAGAAUUGGUCGACCCGAGCCAACCGAAACACCUGCGCAAUUUGCAACUGCUGUUGCCUGAGCUUCUGGAUCGUAUUCUCAGUUUGUAUUCCAGAAUAUCAAGUGAGAGCCUUCCACCCUUGCCCUUCUCGGAAACCACCAUUCGAUUCUGCAAGGUUCUCUCAUCGCUGCAUAGCUGCAACGGCAUCUUAAAUCAGCAGUGCCUCGACAUGAUUGUCACUGGCCGGCCUCCCGAGCUGUACUUGACGACGUCACCGAGACUAAUCAUCACUCCUAGCCGCCAACAAAUCGUGAAUACUUUGUUCAAGGCUUUCCCGUCGUCGGCCACCGAGCUAUUGACUACUGCAGACAGAGUCCAGAUUCUAAGUGGAAUUGCUGGCGUUUUAGGCCAGAUAGGAUAUCAUCGAAAAAAGGCUAUGGUCACAAGAGAGCUGGUGUCUGUUCUUAUUGGCGGUCUUGUUGAAGCACGCACCAAGGGUGCCGCCGAGGCAGGUGUGCAUCCUGCGGCAGGGCUCAUACCUCUUGGCGCAAGUGGUGACAAGGCAAGAGGUGCCGCAGUGUUGGAUCUUGGGGAAGCAGACAUUGAGCAAGGCAUAGAGGCGUUUCUCGAUCUUCUCUGCAGGUCUUACGGUGUGGUCAGCUUCGACCCUCUGGGCAAGACUGCCGACGUACCCGAUGUGAAGGAAGAUUUGGACGCUGCCGUCAUUUCCAGAAUCCAAAGGCAGUUGGCCACGCGGUUUUUUGGCUUCCCAGACAUUAAGCUGAACGUUCUGCGCUCGUGUAUCAACUUCGCAGAAGCAUUGCCGGACUUCAAUGGAGUUCUAAAGUACUCUAGCGACUUGAUGCGCACAGCUGGCUCGGGCGUUGCGCCGGCAUCGCGAAAGGAGCACUCUCCACCCCUGAUUUUCAAGGAGGAGCAAGUGCGUUUGGCGGCUAACAUUUCUCGCACGUGGGCCCUCGCUCAGCGACUGGGCAUGACAUAUCUUGAUGCUGAGUAUUGGGAUGAGUUUCUGGUUCGUGGCAUGGAGUUGGAGCCUUUGCCGUUAACGAGGACCCCAGUGCCGCAUGCUCGCAGCGUUUUGCCGGGAGCAACAGCGAGUCGUGCGUCUCAAGACGUGAACCCUUUCAUCUACAAUCCGUUCCUCAAAGAGGCUGCAGAGGUCGCCGCCAAGAACCUAGUUACUGGCGAGAUUGCAAACUUUAGGGUUACGCUACAGAAUACAUACGAUAUCGAGGUCGAGAUCGAGAGCAUCCGGUUAGAAGCAACUGGAGUCGAAUUCGAAGCACUGUCGAGCCAGGUCACUCUUGGCCCCUACCGUACUCAGACGGUCGUUCUUCAAGGACGGCCGAAAGCGCCAGGAAUUGUGGUAAUAGUGGGCGCCAUGGUCAAAGUCCGCGGCUGUCGAGAGCGCCUCUUUCCAAUCUUUACAAACUCUUGGACUCCCCAACGCGCAGACAAGGUCAAGUCAAAAGGCCUGGCUUCCCUCGACAUCGGUCCUCCUGUGCCGACCAAAGGCAAGCCCACCACCCGACAACUCUCGGCGGACACAUUUAGCGUGAAUGUGGUACAAGCGCAACCCUUGAUUGUUGUCAAGUCGACGACACUAUCACAAUCCUCCGUCAUGGUUCUAGAGGGCGAGAGACAUGUUUUCUCAGUGACACUGCAGAAUUUGUCUGAUACCGCAGUCGACUUCAUGCUCUUUUCCUUUACGGAUUCUACUCAAGAGCCCUUGCAAGCAGCACUGAAUAACAGAGACGUGUCUGCGGCAGAAAUGUACGAGUAUGAGCUUAUUCUUAUGAAGAAGCAGGCACUGCGGCUGCCGAAGAGCGAGCCAAACAGACACAUUGCCCCUGGCGGUGAAGCUACUUUCGAUUUUGAGCUUCUUGGUAAGCCAGGUCUCACGAAUGCAACUAUCCAGGUUGACUACACUUAUCUCGGCGUCCCCAUUGAGGAAAUUACCGAGCAAUUUUUCACCAGACAGCUUUCUCUAGACUUGGCCGUGACGGUCAAUGCGAGCGUUGAACUAUCAAGAAUAGAUACCCUGCCCAUCUACGGCGGUAUUCCUCAGAAUCUGCUCAAACGAGUUGGUGGCGAUGCGUCGCCUGACGAUGACCAGUACUGCCUUUUAUCGAUGGAUAUGCGCAACUCGUGGCCCAGCCAGAUGGCAAUCCGAUUGGAGGGUAGCGACGGGAUGGCGGUAGAGGACAACAUUCUCCCCGGUAAAACGACGCGCCUUGUUCUGCCAGUCAAGCGCAUUCUGCUCGAGGAUCCGCACACUUCGAUACCGAGCCUAAACCCAAAGAAGACGAGGCAAUUCGUGGUUAGCUCGAGCAAGAUUUCACCAGAAAUGGAGCGUGCCAACCGAGAGGCGUUUUGGUAUCGCGAGAAGAUUCUCGACUCUCUGAAAGCUACGUGGAGAACUACAUCGGUGCCGAGAAAAGAGGGUGUCAUUGAUCUACGCAACAUACGGCUGACGACGCGCAUGAUUGAAGCCAUCAAGAUUGACGAAGUCGACAUUAGCAUUUCUAUGGAGCCUAUCGACGGCGGAAAGGGUAGUGGGACGGCAAACGACACUAACCUGGCGAUUAUUGACGAGUUCAUGAACCUAAAAGUACACAUCGCGAACCGCACAAGCCGGCCCAUCAUGCCUAUGCUGCGGCUGAUGCCCGCGCUCUGCCACCGUCCUCUCACGGUGGCGCUGGACUACACGCGCAAGAUUGCGUGGAACGGCACGCUGCAGCAGCUACUCCCCGAGCUCAAGGGCCACGAGAGCCAGGACUUUGUCCUGGGCUUCACGGCGCUGUGCCGCGGCGAGUUUGAGAUUACGGCGUCGGUCGAGGAGGUGCUGGUCUGGGAGCCGGACAAGGCGGAGAAGCAGCGGCACAGCAGACCGCGAUCCAACACCCAGGAGGCGAUGGAUGCGGCGCUGGGCGUCAAGCAGCGGAGGAUAUGGCACUCGCGACAUCCGUUCCAGCUUUCUGUCAAGGACGAGGAGUGA